AUGCCCGACUCCUCGAGGCAAACGAGCCAAGCAGCUCCACACCUCGGCCUCAGCGGUACGCUGCCGCCGCAGGAGACGACCGGAGUCGCUGCUGCGAACUCGAGCCCCUUCGGCAUCCAGCUCGACAUGAGCGCCGUACAUGAGCUGCCGAUUCGACCUUUUGAUCCCACAAAUCAGAUCGACAGCUCUUCUUCGUCGAUGUUCGAGGACAAGGACCUGGAGAAGGGCGAGGGCGGGCCUAUGCACGGUUCGGCGGUCGUGCUCCCAGUCUCCGAUCACCACCUCCCCCGACAUCAUCAUCGCGGAGGCCGAGGUGCGGGCGCCGGCCCUGCGGAGACGACCCCGAUCAGCUCCUCAGCCGUCUCAUUUACGACCGACGGUGCCGGACUCGAUCCAGGGCAUGCAACAAGGAGUCGAAAAAGGACCCUCUCUCGAAUCGCAUCGUCCAUGUUCCUCGACAAGUUGCACCAGUUCCAGACUUAUCGGAGUGCUGCGGACGGCACACCUCACCGCGAAAGCUCCAUCGGCGAUGAUGGCCGACGCUUCAACGCCCUCCUCGAAAAGAUCCACUCCAAGUUCCCGAGAAUCGGUCGAGGUCUCUUGUACCUCCGAGGACCUUCACCCCCUUGGAUCGAGACCGCGGUGCGACCGUGGUGGUCCCAGGGCGAACUUUUCUUCAACCGCAAGCUCGCCUUCAUGCAAAGCCGCCGUCGCUUCAUUACGCCCAUCUUUCUCCUCGUGUGGCUCAUCGCAUUCGUCGUGCUCGUGCACGAAUCCUUCUUCGACUCCAAGACGAAUGUCGGGACACCGGAUUUCAUCCUAGGUACCAGCUCGUUCUGGAGCAAGGACGAUGGCUGCGGACUGAACGCAACGGGUUGCGCUCCCUUCACCAACUCGUCGCUCGUCUUCCGCUGCCCGAGCCAGACGCUCGACGUCGAGCUCCUCAACUACCGCGCGGUCGGUGAUCAGGAGAUCAUCUUCCAGCCCCUGGUCGUCGGUGGAGGUGACGCGCAGUCGACGUACCGCGGCGACUCGUGGAUCUGCGCCUCGGCGAUUCACCAUGGGCUGUUCGGGAACCGCAAAGGAGGCUGCGGACGCCUCGAGAUGGUCGGUGAGUUCACCGGAUACGUCGGUAUGAACAAGCACGGCGUCGGCUCCGUCUCGUUCGAAUCGACUUUCCCUUCAAGUUAUCGCUUCGUCGAUACCGUCACUCAACAGGGGUGCCAGGACAUUCGCAACGAAAUCCUCGGCUUCAAUGUCGCCAUGUCGACUAUCUUUUCCUUCGUCAUACGGUAGGUCCUACGCGUCGUGUUCGACUCUAUCCUCAAGGGAUACGUCACUGACCGACUCUCUCCCGCUUUACAUCGCAGCCCUGAGCCGGCCGUCUUCUUCUGGACAUUGCUAUGCAUGGGAUUCUGGCACGUCGUGUUGGCCUCGGACCCGUCCGCCAUGCCCCCGGAUCUCGAAAAGGGGUUCAAGUUUUUCCUCCCAACACUCUUCAUAGGCUACGCCAUUUGGCGCACUAGCUUCCGCUGGGUCGUACCUGCCUUUGAGGGCGCGGCGAUCGAGCGCACGGUGUGGUACCUUGGUGGCUUCUGGGUCGGCCUUCUCAUCAAUAUUUCGCUCGCAUGGAUUCCCAUCAUCCGUCUGACGGCGAGUGACAUCGCCAAGCAGCCGGGCAGCUUGGUCGCCGUCAUCAUCUUGGCGCUGGUCAUCUUCUUCUGCGUGCUAAACCAGCUACGCAUCAUUCGACGGACGGGAUGGUUCUACUUUUACAUCUUCUGGUACCUCGUCGGAGGUUGCAUCAUUGGCCUCCUGACGUGCAUCCCCAAUCUCGAGUUUCGCCUGCACCACUACUUCCUCGCGCUCAUCUUCCUGCCCGGCUGCGCAUUCGUCACCCGGCCCUCGGCUCUAUUCCAAGGUUUGCUGCUUGGCAUGUUCCUCGACGGCGCCGGACGGUGGGGCUUCGAUUCGAUUCUCCAAGCUGCUUCGUCUCUCGUCGGUGAUGGCUCGACGGGGAGCGCGCUCCCGACCUACCUCACUUCGGCGACGAGCUUUACGAUCGACCAAGCCUCGAUCUUUUGGAGCGCGAUCCCGGACAGUCUUGCGAACUCUUGGGAUGGCUUCUCCUUGCUGGUCGACGACGUCGAGCGCUACUCGGGUACCGCAACGAACUACAGCAUCGCUUGGCUCAACGACACGAUCCCGCACUACUUCCGGUGAGUCUGAUUUGCGCGUCAUAUUUAGGUCCAGAGGUAACAAGGCGCUGAAGACGUUCAUUGUUCCCAUCUGCAGACUCGCAUACACGUCUUCGGGCAAGAGUGGUGAUUUCGCCCGAGCGGCCACGGCUUUCAUUUCGAACGGGACUUGGAUCGAUCCGGCCUCGGGCACGAGCUGA